AAAACAAACAGACACCAACAAAUCCAAACACUCUCUUUCACCUUCUUCUCUCUCUCGUGUUUUGUGACUCAUGCCAUUUUCGUGAACAACAAAUCACUCUCCAUCUUCGCCAUUGUUGCAGCUUUCAAGCUUCAGCUUUAGUCUACAGUCUCAGCUGAAGUUGAGCUAAUCAGUUGUUGUUACCGAACGAUUCGUGAUACCAUGUUUGGCAUUUGGGGAAAGUCUCAUCAUCACGAGAAUGAUUCACUGCAGCCUGAAGUGAAGAUCAACGAGCUAAAGGCUGCGAUUGGGCCACUAUCGGGCCGAAGUAUGCAGUUCUGUACUGAUGCGUGCUUCAGGAGGUACUUGGAUGCAAGGAAUGGGAAUGUAGACAAGUCGAAGAAAAUGUUGGAGGAAACUCUCAAGUGGAGGUCAAGUUAUAAGCCUGAGGAAAUCAGUUGGCCUGAAGUUGCAGUUGAAGGCGAGACUGGAAAAGUUUAUAGAGCAAGUUUUCAUGACCGUCAUGGGAGGAGUGUUUUGAUAUUGAGACCAGCAAUGCAGAACACAACGUCAUUAGACAAUAACAUCAAGCACUUGGUGUAUCUUAUAGAGAAUGCUGUCUUUAACCUUCCAGAGGGUCAAGAACAAAUGGCCUGGUUGAUAGACUUUACCGGGUGGACCCUGAAUACUUCUGUGCCUGUCAAAUCAGCACGGGAUACCAUCAAUAUUUUACAGAACCACUAUCCUGAAAGGCUAGCCGUGGCAUUUCUCUACAACCCUCCGCGAAUUUUUGAAGCAUUUUGGAAGAUUGUCAAGUACUUCUUGGAUACCAAGACAUUCCACAAAGUUAAGUUUGUUUACCCGAAGAAGAAAGACAGUGUGGAGCUUAUGAAACAAUAUUUUGAUGAGGAAAAUCUCCCUACUGAGUUUGGAGGAAAAGCCAUACUAGAGUAUAACCAUGAGGAGUUCUCGAAAUUAAUGACCCAAGAUGAUGUGAAAUCUGCUGCCUUUUGGGGCCGUGAUAACAAGAUACAUCAUGCUACCAAUGGCCAUUCUGGAGCUGAGGUAGCUCCUGAACCAGCGUGCGUUGCGCCAGUAGCUAGUUGAGAUGAUGUGCUGAUAACUAGGUACUAAAGAAUAAGUGAGGUGGUUUUUAACUGAAGAGACGGCUAAGAUGAGUUAUUGGAUUUUAUUCACAACCUCUCUUGCCGGUGUAUCUGAAUGUCUGGAUGAGAGACUACUUGGAUAGUGUUUAGAGGCUACAUUGCCAUUUAAAGACACAGAAAAGCAAUCAAAGUCUAAUUAUAUUAGUACUUGACUACUUGUAUUCUAGUAACUACUUGUAUUCAGUAAGGACUGUUGAAUGUUAAUCAUG